AUGUUAAAUAUAAAAAGUAUCUUAUGGAUGUGCUCUACAUUAGCUGUAACACACAUGCUUCCUAAAGUCAAAGCAGAAAAAAAAGCCCAGGUAAAGGGAUCCCUCUCGGGAACUUCAGUCCUGCCAUGCUUCUUUUCAACUACACCCACUAUUGCCUCCAGCUACGCACCUGAAUAUCUUCGAAUCAAAUGGUCAAAGGUUGAACUGGAUAAAAAUGGAAAAGAUGCAAGAGAAACCACGGUCCUGGUUACCCAAAAUGGCACCAUCAAAAUGGGCCAAAACUACAAAGACAGAGCCUCUGUUCCAACCCAUUCAGAGGAGACGGGUGAUGCUUCACUGACUCUCUCUAAGCUGCGCGCCAGCGAUGCAGGCGUGUAUCGCUGCGAUGUUAUGUACGGAGUUGAAGACGCACAAGGCAUUGUAUCGUUGGCUGUUGAUGGUGUUGUAUUUCACUAUCGUGCUGCAACCAGCAGGUAUACUCUGAAUUUUACACAAGCUCAACAGACUUGUCUGAACAAUGGUGCUGUCAUAGCAAGCCCUGAACAACUGAAAGCAGCCUAUGAAGAUGGAUUUGAACAAUGUGAUGCUGGCUGGCUGGCUGACCAGACUGUUAGAUAUCCAAUUAGAUAUCCGAGAAUCGGCUGCUUUGGAGAUAAAAUGGGAAAGAAAGGAAUCAGGACAUACGGACGCCGUUUUCCUAAUGAAACUUAUGAUGUAUAUUGCUAUGUGGAACACAUGAAAGAUCAAGUCGUUCAUGUUUCGGUUCCUAUGAAGCUAACUUUCGAAGAAGCUAAGGAGUUGUGUCGGAGAAGAGAUGGCGUUCUUGCAUCUGUUGGGAACCUGUAUGUUGCCUGGAGGAACGGUUUUGACCAGUGUGACUAUGGCUGGCUGGCUGAUGGAAGUGUUCGCUAUCCUGCAUCUGUGGCUAGGCCCCAAUGUGGAGGAGGUUUACUUGGGGUGAGAACCCUUUUUUUGACUUUCUCAUGUAAAAAAAUCAUACCAGAGUCUACAACUCUUAAACUGGGUACAUCUCUGAACACUAUGUCAGACAGUGUGAAACCAUCAUCUGCUAAAGUUACUCUUAAACCUCCUAUUUUUGAGGCUUCAGUUACUGAAAUGGCUAUCACCAAAACAAAGGUCCCUUAUUUAGAGGAAACAACCCUUGAGAGUGAAGAAGAUAUAGAAAUGACUACUGCUUUGGCUGAGGAAAAAAGGAAAAUGGAGGUGCUUAUGAAGAACAAUAAGUUAACCACCAUUCUACCUCAAACUGUCACAGAUGGUGAAUUAAGCACUUAUGAUGCACUGGGAAGGACUCAAUAUGAUGUUUCACCUAGCUUAACAGAGAGCACAUCUGCAGCUUUGGAGGAACACACUUAUUCUGAAGCAGAAUUGCCCAAGGAACAAGGUAGGUCUGAAAGCAUUAAGAAGGAUGCUUUCUUGACCCCUGUUAUUUUUCAGGAUAGCACAACUGUAGUUAAGAGUUCUUCUGUUUCAUGGGAAGAUAUUGAAACAGGUAAUUCGGAAAACCAUGAUGAUGACCAGACUGAACAAAUAGAAGUGGGUCCUAUGAUGACACCUACAGACAGCUUGGUAUCAACUUCACAGAGGGGGUUUCCCGGGACAGGGACUUCAGUUUCACUAACAAAAGAGAAAAGCUAUUUUGGUACCCAGUCAACAAAAGAACCCCCCAAAAAAUCAAUGGAAGCAAAAUCUGACAAGAACCUUACAACUGUUGUAAUCCCCAAAUCUUUUUUCACUGAUCAGUAUGAUCUUACUACAGAGGGAGAGGGCAAUGAAAGCAUGUUCACUAUUAUGCCUGAUAGGAUUUCUGGCAUGGUUACUAGUAACAUCCCAGAAUCAGAUGUUCCUGCUAUAUCAGAAACAUUCUCAGAUGAGCAUGUGGUAACCACUGAACAAUUUUCUACGGCCAAAGAGUCAACUCCAUCAUUUAAAUUUAGUUCCUCUGCAACUCUGUUUGAGGAUAAUGAAGCAUCAGCUGAAGGAAGCAGAGAGGACUUGAAAGAUGAGCAGCCUACCAUGUCAUCUGCAAUACCUGUGUCUAUUAUUCUACCAGCUGUUAGUCAGACAGGAUCUGAGGCCAUCACACUCUCAGGAAGUGUUACUUCCCCUCAAAGCUUUGGAGAGAGUGUCACAUCCAUCAUCCACUCAUCUCCACAAACAGUAAGAUCGGCCAUUUUAGAAGAACAGGAAAAAGCAAAGGAGCCAGAAGAGCAGACAAUUGAUGUUACAACCCCUUAUAGCACAACAGUCACUCCUGCUUCUGUUAAAACAGAAUCUGAGGGAUAUUUUGUAAGUGAGAAGUCCACACCUGCCCCUCCAGUCUCCAGCAUAUGGCUACUGACAGAAAAGGGAAUGGAGCCUACAUCCUCUCCAGGGAAAAUUAUGGAACAUAUGAAACACUCAGGAGCAACAAGUUCAGAAAUAAGAGAUGAAAUUAAGAUAAGCACUAAGCCAAUGGAAACAAAAGAUGCUGAAGAAGCUUCAUCUGCUGUUUCUGAUCAGAGUAAAGAUAUUGGAAGUGUCUUCCCCCCAAGCAGCUCUUCAGUUUUGAAACUAAUCAUGGUAUCCAGAAUAUCAGUGGAUGAAGAUAGUACAACAAUAAAGCCUUUUAGAUCCUUAAGUGAUAUGGAAUUAACUGCUUUGCCCACGUUUAUGGAGGUCACUGAACGUGAAGGAUAUGAAACAUCAGGGUAUAUUUUGAAAAUGUCCAUGCCUACCCCAGAAGUUGAGCAAAAAGAGGUUACUGAGAAAUCAAUAGCAACACCUGCUGAUGAAGAUGUCACUACUGAGAUGGAGGCUUCAUUACACACAGUGACAGAAGAUCAGACAAGCAUUGCAAUGGUAACUGAGGAAGAAUCACUGACAACUCUUCAAGACAUAGGAACAUCAUCAGUUGGCUUUGUAGGAGCAAAGGAAUCUAUAAUACUUACAGAUGUAAGAAAGAUAAGUACUACAGUUGCCCAGAAAGAACAUGAUGUUUCCAUAGUUUUGGUUACUGUUGAAAAUGGGUUCACUAGAGAUAUGCAAAUAAUUGAUCAGACUACUUCUGGUGGUUUUGUUCCAACAGAAACAACUGCAAAAGAUAGUGAAGUAUUUCUAGAUGAGCUCUUCACAAAAGAUCAAGAUAUGGAAUCAGGUACUUCUACAGAUUCGACCUUACCUGUGACAACUAUUCAAAUACAGGAACAACAGAUGAUAUCAGAAUCUGAGUCAUCUCAAUCAACUGUUCAAGAGAAGCAGGAUGAGGCAGGUUCAGCCUACGAUGAAACAUAUCCAGCAACAGAAGUAUCAGUGCCUUCAGUAAAGCUGACAGAUUAUGGAAGAGUCCUAGGACCUGCUGAAACAAACACUGUCACCUUGCACCUCACAGUGACUUUCAAAGCUGCAACUGCUGCUGAUCAAGAAGAAAAGAUUACUGAAGCAAUGUCUGCAACAGCAAGCAUCCAAACAAAAACAGAUGAAAGCAGAGGAACAUCUGCCAAAGAAGAGGACAGCAACAUAGUGAGUUGGGAAUCCGUGUUGCCCCCUCAUACAGUGCCGACAGACCAUUCUACUUCGGAAAGCAUUACUCUUCUGACGUUGGGAGCUUCUCCAAGCCAAACUUUGGAAGGUUCAGGAGUAUCAGAAGAACCUGAAGAAAUCAAACCAGUUAUAAUUUCAGUAAAUGCAACAGAAAAAACAAUCCGCAGUGAUGUAACUACAUUUUCCAUUAGUGCUGUAGACAAAAUUCAGCCUACGGCAGCAUCCAAACCUACCCCAAAGUCACCACGUAUCAUUCUUGAGGAUGAUGAAAUAGUAACAAGUAGUGAUAUCAUAAUAAUUGAUGAGUCUAUUUCCCCCAGUAAAGUCACUGCUGAUGAUGAUCUGACAGGAAGAAUGUCAGAACUGGAAAUUGAUAAUGAAUAUUUCACAUCAUCAACUGCUACCGCAGUUGCACGACCUACUGCACCACCCAAAAUGAAGGAGGCCACAGAGGCAUUACAACCUCAAGAGGUCUCUCCUCCUACUUCAUCCCCUGAUCGUGGAAGUGCCAUAAGAUUGUAUGUUAUUCAAAUCACAGGCAAUGAUACAG